CGCAAAUAACCUGAAAAAGAACAUAUGAAAGGCUAUUUCAAUCUCGUAUUUUCCCUUUCUUAGCCAAAAUUCUCAACAUGCUUCGCUGACACAGCAUAUCCGGAUAAAAUUCCGUGCAUUACUAAUCCAAGUAUCCCAACUUUACCCGAAAGGAACAACAAUCGACAUUGAAGUCGAGAAACUCUCAUCAAAGAAAAAAGAAUCAACAACAGUCAAUCUGAAACGCGUGGUAUGAUGCUACCUCUCCGAAUGUCCCUGCGGGGCGCAUCAACCGUGCGAUCCUUCUCGACCUCCCGUGUUCUUAAAUCGGAGCUGUCCUAUCAGGUCUUUGGACCCGAGAAUGAGCAGCCCGUUCGGAGCCCGAUUGUCUUCUUACACGGUCUCUUUGGGUCGAAGCAGAACAAUAGGAGUAUCAGCCGAGCUUUGGCACGUGAUCUUAAACGUCAGAUCUUCACGGUGGAUCUCCGGAAUCAUGGCCAUUCGUUCCAUUCCAAGGAGCACAACUACACUGUUAUGGCUGAGGACGUCGAAAAGUUCAUCCAGCAGCAGAAGCUGAACAAGUGCGUUCUUAUCGGACACUCCAUGGGUGCCAAAACUGUCAUGGCUGUCGCCCUGCGAUCUCCCAGCCUAGUCUCCGGCCUGGUGUCUGUUGAUAACUCGCCCGUUAAUUCACCUUUGAAGAGUGACUUUUCCAAAUAUGUCCGAGGCAUGCAACAUAUUGAAGAAGCGAAGGUCACCAAACAAUCCGAGGCAGACAAGAUUCUACAGGGCUACGAAGAGUCCCUACCCAUCCGUCAAUUCCUCCUGACCAACCUAGUCCGAGGAGAUGACCAGACAAUGAAGUUCCGUGUUCCUCUUUCCGUUAUCGGCCCUGCUCUCGACGGCAUGGCCGAUUUCCCUUACCACGAGCCUGGCUCUGUCAAAUACGAUGGACCAACUCUCGUUGUCCGGGGAACCAAGAGCAGAUACGUUGCAGAUGAGCACUUCCCCGCCAUCAAGAAGUUCUUCCCCAACUCCGAGGUUGCUGAUGUGGAAGCCGGCCACUGGUUAAUUUCAGAGAACCCCGAAGCCUUUAGGCAAGUGGUUGUGAAGUUCUUGCAAGAUGCGGCUUAGAUGCAUUGUCGUCGACUUUGUACAUAAUAGAGGGUCUAGGCGCCCGGGUGCCUUUGUAUUAUUUAUACAUGUUUUAAACAGCGGUACUUCAACAAUAGACAUGGAAGGGAAGAUUUGUAUGAGAAUUUGAAUAGGAAACAGAGAAGUCCCGAAGGCUUUAAAGAAAGUAAAUGAUAAAAAGAAGCAACAAAAGGUAUCCAGAAGCCAUUCCAACUCGGGAAAGCCGCUUAAUCGUCAUUCGUAAGCACAGAGUGCAAAAAAAAGAAAAAAAAAGAAAAAAAAGAAAAAA